ACUGAUGUGAGCGCGUGUUGGUGAGCACAUGCCACGUUGUGAGAAGAGUCAAAAUCUAAACUGAACUGCCUUUUACAGCAACCAGCAACUGGGGCUUGCGAGGACCAUUUGAAUUUAAUCCACGUCCGAAAAAAAAAAAAACCUCAACCAAGUGGUUUUAACAAACCUCUUAAACAAACGGAGCCUUCUGAGGAUCUGAGAGACUCGCAAGGAUGCACUUGUUGUCCGCCUGCUGCGUGAAUGCCCUCUUCAUCAUCGCGCUCCUCCGCCAAGUCAGCGGUUUGAAGACUGUUAUCGGCCUGUAUGGGGAAACACUCGAGAUCCCAUGCAACAAUGGAGACAUAAAAGCAAAGGACGUCCUGAUCACUAAAUGGAAAUAUAACAAAGGAGAGGGACUUCCAGGAGACCUGUUGGUCAAGCAAAAAACCCAGAAUGUCUCAAUCACUGCCCCUGAUGAAUACAAAGGCCGCGUGAGCCUGGCUGCAAACUCGAGUCUGCUGCUUUCCGCGGCCAAACUGACCGACCAGCGGACCUUCACCUGUAUGGUGGUGGCUGGUGCAGACAUCACAGAAUACCCAGUUAAUGUGCUGAUCUACAAGGCACCAGCAGGCCUGAAGAUUUCUGACAAAGCAGAGAACCUGGAGAUUGGCAAACCUACGAAGCUUGGCACAUGUGUUGCACAAGAUGCCAAUCCAGCUGCAAAUAUCACAUGGUUAAAGAACAAUAAUCCUCUGGAUGAUGGGAAAGGGAUUUCCAUCCACACGGCUGUGCUGGUAGACCCCGUUACUGGCCUUUCGACUACUUCCUCCAUACUGGAGUACUCGGCCAAGAAAGAAGACACGGACGCCCAGUUCACAUGCAGCACCCAGCACACUGUGGGCUCAAAGCAGGUGUCUCCUCCAGUGACAUUCAGCAUCACCUACUUCACAGAGAACAUCGCCCUUCAGGUUAUUGCUCAGGAACCUCUAGUAGAAGGAGACAAUGUGACUCUGAAGUGUGUGGCAGACGGGAACCCAGCCCCUACCAGCUUCAACUUCCACCUCAAGGGAGAGUUGAUGAAAGUGGAAGACGCAGAUACUUUCACCAUCACAAAUGUCUCGCGUAACACCACCGGUGAAUACAAAUGCUCUCUCAUUGAUGACCCCACAAUGGAGGCAUCCAAGGACAUCACAGUCAAAUACCUAGACAUCAAUCUAAGCCCCUCUGGAAAUAUCAUCAAGAAUGCUGGUGAGGCCUUAGAUGUAACUCUCCAUAUUGAUGCCUCAGGAGAAUCAAAGGUCUCCUGGACAAAGGAUAAUGUUAAACUGGACAAAGUGCCCAGAUUUACCAAGGUGACUUACUCGGACUCUGGCCUCUAUGAAUGUGAGGUGACGGUGGGACUCCUCAGCCGAAAAGCUGCUUUUGACCUGGUUGUUGAAGGUGCUCCAGUUAUCAGACAGCUGUCCAAACAGCUCGGUGACGACGGCCAACACAAAGUCUUGAUUUGUGAGGCUGAAGGUUCUCCAAAGCCAGCUUUUUUCUGGAGCAUCAAUGGCACCUCGCUUGAUGAGAGUCCCUUCAUCAACGGAAAGAUAACACACAAGAUCACAGUUGUGCCUACUGCAAAUCUGACUGUCUCUUGUACGGUGUCUAAUGAGUUUGGUGUGGAUACCAGAGCUAUAAAUGUAUCAUCCUUAUUUGAGGAGGUGAGAAUGGAUAAACAAGACCAAUCAGAUGAUAGCGACCGAACCAAGUUGGUGGUUGGUAUUGUAGUCGGUCUCCUCGUCGCCACCGGGGUUAUAGGCCUUGCAUACUUGGUCUACAUGAAGAAAUCCAAGCAAGGAAGCUGGAAGACUGGUGAAAAGGAGAACGGGUCUUCUGAGGAGGAGAAAAAACUGGAGGAGAAAGUGGAGGAGAACAGUCAAAAAGCUGAGGUGUAAAGAAACGGCAGCCACCCUUCAGGAGUGUGAAAGUGAGAACAUGGAACUUUUGCACAUUUCUCUUCACCUCUGUCUUUG